GUUCGAGCACGUGUCCAUGCUGGUGAUCCUGCUCAACUGUGUGACUCUGGGGAUGUUCCAGCCCUGUGAAGAUGUCUCCUGCCAGUUAGAGUGGUGCCGCAUCCUCAAGGUGUUGGACGACUGCAUCUUCGCUUUCUUUGCCGUGGAAAUGGUCAUCAAGAUGGUGGCCCUGGGAAUCUUCGGCCCCAAUUGUUACCUUGGUGACAAGUGGAACCAGCUUGACUUCGUCAUUGUCAUGGCAGGGGUGAUGGAGUACUCUGUGGAUGGUCACAACGCCAGUCUGUCAGCCAUCCGUACCGUCCGAGUGCUCAGGCCACUGCGGGCGAUCAACAGAGUUCCAAGUAUGCGGAUCCUGGUGACGCUGCUGCUGGACACUCUGCCCAUGUUAGGAAACGUCCUCCUCCUCUGCUUCUUUGUCUUUUUCAUCUUCGGCAUUGUGGGAGUCCAGCUGUGGGCGGGACUUCUGCGCAACCGCUGCUUCCUGGGAGAGGAUGUAAAAACAUUGUACAACAAGUCCCUCGAGCCCUACUACAUGUCUGAGGAGGGCGAGGAGAGCCCGUUCAUCUGCUCGGCUCCGCGCGAGAACGGGAUGCUGCGCUGCAAUGAUUUGCCGCCCUACAUUGAGGAAAAGAUGGAAUGCUCACUGGAGGCUCCGCAUCAAAGCUCAAAUGGCUGCGUAAACUGGAACCGGUACUAUAAUGUGUGUCAAGCCGGGAACUUCAACCCUCACAAAGGAGCUGUGAACUUCGACAACAUUGGCUACGCCUGGAUAGCCAUAUUCCAGGUCAUCACACUGGAAGGAUGGGUCGAUAUCAUGUACUAUGUCAUGGACGCACACUCCUUCUACAAUUUUAUAUAUUUUAUACUGCUCAUUAUUGUGGGCUCUUUCUUCAUGAUCAACUUGUGCCUCGUGGUCAUCGCCACCCAGUUCUCUGAGACGAAGCAGAGGGAGAACGCCCUGAUGAGGGAGCAGCGCGCACGCUACAUGUCCAACGACUCCACGCUCGCCAGUUACAGCGAGCCCGGCUCAUGCUACGAGGAGAUGCUACGCUACAUCAGCCACCUGUAUCGCAAGUUCACACGCAGGCUGCAGAGGAUAUACUCCGGAUGGCACAGUAAACGUCGUAAAAAGGUGAAUCCUAAUGGAAGCGGUGGCGGCAGUAACGGCGGGGGUAAUGGACACGGCCACGGUUCCAGCAGGGGCUGCGGCGGAUCGGGCCCCAAUAGCGCAUUGUGGCUGAGGCCGAUCCACAACCUCCUGCAGCACCACCAGCACCAGCACUGUCGCCUCAGCAACGGUGGGCAGCACACCAUCAGCGUGGGAACCGCUGAGCACACGGACAGAGAGGGAGGAGGGGAGGAGCUGGAGAUGAAGUCGCUUCCUGUGCGGAGAGGAAGUACACAUGAAAAUAACAGCGGCGGUAGCGGUGCCCACCCAGCUGUCGUCAGCCCUGGCAUGGGGGUAUUGCUCGGGCGGCUGAAUGGUGGGAUGAACUAUCCCACCAUCCUGCCGUCUUUUGUGUGCAGCUACAGCAGCAAGACGCCGCCGCCUCACUCCCAGCAGUGCAGGCCGGGCCCAGAGCAGCACCCGACAAAUCACCCGGCGUCGGAACACACGGAGACGCUGAACAAGCUCUACAAGCUCAUGGGACAACACAGUCGCCAGAGGCUGUUGUACCAGCUGGCGGGCGUGGUGCCCAGCCCUCUGCUCCUGGAGCUGCUCAGCUGCCCUUUGUGUGCUCGCAGCCUGGAGACCUUAGAGCUGGAGCUGGGAGACCUGGAGGGAGGAAGAGGAGAGGACGGACUGCACGACUUCCCCCAGAGCGGAGACCUGAGAGGUGGCAGAGGUCGAAGCAGGCGGCGGGGGGUGGUGGAGUACAAAAACGGAGCGGUCCGGGCCUGGGUGAACUUCAGGGAGAAGCUGAAGAGGAUCGUGGAGAGUAAAUACUUCAAUCGGGGGAUCAUGAUCGCUAUCCUCGUCAACACCCUCAGCAUGGGGAUCGAGUACCACGAGCAGCCCGAGCAGCUGACUGAUGUGUUGGAGAUCAGUAACAUCGUCUUCACCAGUAUGUUCGUCUUGGAGAUGGGCUUCAUGCUGCUGGCGUUCGGCUUGUUCGGAUACAUCAGGAACCCGUACAACAUAUUCGAUAGCAUCAUCGUUAUCAUCAGCGUGUGGGAAAUCAUUGGCCAGUCAGACGGCGGGCUGUCCGUCCUGCGAACGUUUCGUCUGCUGCGGGUCCUGAAGCUGGUUCGCUUCCUGCCCGCCCUGAGGAGACAACUGGUGGUGCUGAUGAAGACCAUGGAUAACGUGGCCACCUUCUGCAUGCUGCUGAUGCUUUUCAUCUUCACGUUCAGUAUACUGGGUAUGCAUCUGUUCGGCUGCAAAUUCGGUCUCAAAACGGAAGAUGAAGACACAAUCCCUGACCGCAAGAACUUUGACUCUUUACUUUGGGCCAUUGUCACCGUGUUCCAGAUUCUUACCCAGGAGGACUGGAACGUGGUGUUGUAUAACGGCAUGGCCUCUACCUCUCCGUGGGCGGCCCUCUACUUUGUCGCUCUCAUGACAUUUGGCAACUACGUGCUCUUCAAUUUGCUGGUGGCCAUCUUGGUCGAGGGCUUCCAGGCUGAGGGUGACGCAAACAGGUCCGAGUCAGACGAUGAGAAGAAAUCGGACAACUUUGAGGAGGACGAGAAGGUAGAGCAGCUCAGAGACACCGAGCUAAAGAUGUACUCCCUGAUGAUGACAGCUAAUGGUCAUGUUGACCCUCGCGGCUCCAUGGCUCCUCCUAUAAUCAUGCGAACGGCAGCCACACCCAUGCCCACCCCGAAGAGCUCCCUGGGACCCGAAUCCAUCCUCGGGGAUGAGCUGGUGGGGAUGCCUCGAUACGGCGAGGUGGGACUGGGCUUUUCGGAGACGGGAGCUGGUCACGCAGAAUCUCGCCGUGGGAGCUCCACCUCCAUUGACCCGUUAGCCUAUGACCAGCAUUCUCUGAGCCUCUCAAGUCCCGGACGACGCUCCCCUCUCCCUCCCCGCUCCUGGGGAAGCCGCCGCUCCAGCUGGAACAGCCUGGGAAGAGCGCCGAGCCUCAAAAGGCAAGACACCAGCGGAGAGAGGGAGAGCCUGCUGUCCGGUGAGGGAGGAGAGGAGGAAAAUGGCGGGGAAGCCAAGGGGGAGGCCGGGGGAAACAACCGAUUACGGCCGGGCUCCUUGGAGCUGCUGCAGGCGUCUACUCUCUUGCCUUCCAUCAUAGCGGAGUAUGGGGACUGCAACGGCAGGACCCUGACGUACGACCCCAACGUGAACUCCGACGCCAAGGACGAUUCCUCGCCUGAAGAAGAUCUGGACGAUGAUAGCUCUCUGUACUACUGGAUCAAGAAGAAGCUCCUUGACAUGAAGCCCCGCUGGUGCAAAGAGCACGAGGACUGGGCGCUGUACUUGUUCUCUCCAGAAAGCCUAUUGCGUGUUUGGUGCCAAAGUGUGAUCUCUCACAAAAUAUUCGACCAUGUGGUUCUGGUUUUCAUCUUCCUCAACUGCAUCACCAUUGCUCUGGAAAGACCUGGAAUACAGCUGGGCAGCACGGAGCGAGUCUUUCUGAGCGUGUCCAACUACGUCUUCACUGUGAUCUUCUUUGCUGAAAUGGCCGUUAAGGUUGUAGCUCUGGGUUUCUGCUUCGGCAAGCAGAGCUACCUUCAGUCCAGCUGGAACGUUCUGGACGGUUUGUUGGUGUUCGUGUCUCUGGUCGACAUUCUGGUCUCUCUGGCCUACACUGGUGGAAACAGGAUCCUGGGCAUCCUCCGAGUCCUGCGUCUGCUGCGAACUCUACGUCCACUCAGGGUAAUCAGUCGAGCCCCGGGACUGAAGCUGGUAGUGGAGACUCUCAUCACCUCUCUCAGACCCAUCGGGAACAUUGUCCUCAUCUGCUGCGCCUUCUUCAUUGUCUUCGGCAUCUUGGGGGUUCAGCUGUUCAAGGGGAAGUUCUACAUCUGUGAAGGUCUGGACACAAAGAACGUCACCAACAAGUCGGACUGUGUGCCGCCGAAUUUACGCUGGAUACGAAGGAAAUACAACUUUGACAACCUGAUCCAGGCCCUGAUGUCGUUGUUCGUUCUGUCGUGUAAGGAUGGCUGGGUCAACAUCAUGUAUGACGGGCUGGAUGCGGUGGGAGUGGACCAACAGCCUGUGAGAAACCACAACCCCUGGAUGCUGCUCUACUUCAUCUCCUUCCUGCUCAUCGUCAGCUUCUUCGUCCUCAACAUGUUCGUCGGCGUCGUGGUGGAGAACUUCCACAAGUGCCGGCAGGACCAGGAGGAGGAGGAGACCCGCCUGCGGGAGGAGAAGAGGCUCAAAAUGAUAGAGAAAAAGCGCAGGAGUAAGGAGAAUGGAGGAGCUGAGGCCAAGCAGAGGCCUUACUACGCAGACUACUCUCCGGUGCGUCUGUCCAUCCACACACUGUGCACCAGCCACUACCUGGACCUCUUCAUCACCUUCAUCAUCUGCAUCAACGUCUUUACCAUGAGCAUCGAGCACUACAAUCAACCGAAGUAUUUGGAGGAGGUCCUGAAGUACUGCAACUAUGUGUUCACCUUCAUCUUCGUCAUCGAGGCCCUGCUCAAACUUCUGGCAUUUGGGAUUCACCGGUUCUUCAAAGACAGGUGGAAUCAGCUGGAUAUAGCUAUCGUGGCGUUGUCCAUCGUGGGCAUCACCCUGGAGGAGCUGAAAAUGAACGCAGCGCUGCCCAUAAACCCGACUAUCAUCAGAAUCAUGAGAGUGCUCAGGAUAGCAAGAGUGCUGAAACUUCUGAAGAUGGCCAAAGGGAUGAGAGCUCUGCUGGACACGGUCAUGCAAGCGCUGCCACAGGUGGGAAACCUCGGCCUCCUCUUCAUGCUGCUCUUCUUCAUCUACGCUGCGCUGGGAGUGGAGCUCUUUGGCAGACUGAAAUGCACCGAAGAUAACCCGUGCGAGGGCCUGAGUCGUCACGCAACUUUUGAAAAUUUCGGGAUGGCCUUCCUCACACUGUUCCGUGUGUCCACUGGAGACAACUGGAAUGGGAUUAUGAAAGAUACACUAAGGGAAUGUCAUAAAGAUGACGUCCACUGUCUCCCCUACCUGCCCUUGGUCUCUCCCAUUUACUUCGUCACCUUCGUGCUCAUGGCCCAGUUCGUCCUGGUCAACGUGGUGGUGGCUGUUUUGAUGAAGCAUCUCGAGGAAAGCAACAAGGAGGCUAAAGAGGAUGCGGAGAUGGAUGCAGAGAUCGCCCUGGAAAUGGCGAUGGAGAGGCAACGCAAACAAAGCACAACCUCCCACGGCAGCUCGGUGGAAGGAGCCUACGUUGGGCCGUGUCCACAGUCCCCUGAACAGGAGGAAGAAGUCCAGUGUGAAGACCCAGACCUGCUGUCGUCAAGGAAGAUGUCCGUAUCCAGGAUGCACUCCCUGCCUAACGACAGCUACAUGUUCCGACCCGUGCGGCCCGCCAGCGCCCCCUAUGCUUUGGAGGAGGUCGAUCUCAGUCCCCAGCACCACCAGCAUUCAGGCUCAGUGACGUCGGUUCAGUCGCAGCCAUGUGAGAGUGGCGCUCUGCUGCAGGUUCCGGACGUUUCCCCCGUUCACCCCCGGUCGCCUCCCGCCCUCACCCUGCCCCGCAUCACCCCGCCCACACCGAGCCUGUCUCCCCGUGCCCUGCGCAAACAGGUGGCAGUUAAAGUGGAUUCGGUGGAGACGCAGGGUUGCGAACAACAGGAGAGGCCGAACCCCGUCCAUCGUCCUCCCUCGUCCCCUUCUCCCCUCUCUCCUCAUGCCUCCUCCCCAUCUCCCCACCCUCCUCCUCCUCCUCCUCCCUCCUCUCCCUCAGCCCUCCCCCUCCCACCCAGCUUGGCCUCUGCCUACCCGCUUCCUCCUGCGUCUCCCUCACCUCUGCCUCCUCACCUGUCUUGCCCCUCUUCCCUCCCUCCUCCGCCAUCUUCUCCCGCACUUCUCCUCCCCCCGCCUCGCUCUCCGCGUCUCCCGCUGCGCCCCGCAAGCCUCCGGAGACCCAGACCACCCUCCGCCGCCUCCCUCUGCGACCCGGCCGACGAGGAGGUGUAUCACAUCACCAGCCGCAGGGGGAGGGAUGAGGAGAGCAAAGGGAAGGUCGGCCGAAGCCACUCCCUCUCCCCUUACACUUCUCCACACUCUCUCGACUCCUCGCCGCUUCCUCCCCCGCUACCGCCCUCCUCCUCAAAGAGCACGCUCAGUCUGCUUCAGGCGGGAUUGGAGGACAGUGACUUCAGGAAGGGCUCAAGCAUCGACAACCAGGCCUUCCUGGACAAGCCCUCAUCACUCGCCGUUGGUUACCCUGACGACCACCGCCGCCAUUCCAUCGAAGUCUGCCUCCCACAGGCCGUCAUCCCCGACGAUGAACAACCCUUCGCACAAGAGGCCCACCGGUCGGAGAAGGGUGGCCAGGCAUUCCCUGUCCGGGUGCAGUCAGUCGGGGGGGGCCACAGAAAGAAGAAGAUGAGUCCUCCCUGCAUAUCCAUCCACCCGCCCUCAGAGAAGGAACCCCCCCAAACCUCCUCACCCCCAAAACUUGCUGACUGCAGCAUGAUGCUGAGGCGCAGGACACCCUCCUAUGAUUUGACGCCACACUCACAGACGCCCUCCCCGAUGCACACGGCGCUCACACCCAUCCACAAACCUCUGCAAGCACACUCACCGACUCACACACUGACACUCUCGCGGGGGUCUACUCCGACACACACUCAGUCAUACACCCCCCCGCACCCGUCCACACCCACACACCCACACAUCCCCAUCAGUCCAAACAUCUUCAUCCAGCCUCAUGCACCUCUCGGUCCAAACACCUUCUCACAGUCACGCUCCCACUCCCCCGCGGCGAGGCACUCGUCCCUCACGGGGGACUGCAUCCCCCUCCCCCAGUUCACCUUCGACCAGCCACAGUCCAGAUACAUGAGCGGCCUAUCACCCGGCCUGUCAGACGCUGACACGGCCACCUGCUCCUCCCCUUUCGACAACAGACUGGGAAGUGCUGCGGGAUUCAGUGCAAAGAACCGGAGGACCGCCCAGUGAACGUCGAGCGUUGCCUUCAGGAAGUCGUUUCUUUGGUCCCAAAAUCUCUGGAGCUGGAUUAGUGCGGCCUCGGCCGACCUCAGCAGAGAUUGGAUGCUACGGGGAGAAUGAGAGGAAGAAGAUAUCCUGGGAGAGGGAUAUUUUUUUUGUUUUCAUUUUGCUGAAUACUGAAAAGACAUUGAUUUCUCUUUCCAGAGAGAUGCUGGAACAGUCCUUUCCUUGGAUGAUAUACAAUGGAUCUAUUAUCCUGAACCCAGCGCGAAGGACAGCAGCUCCACCGAGGCUGAACCAGUGUAACAGUACCCACUGUACGUGGUGUGUUCGGACUAAUACUAAAAACACACCAGGACUAAAGCCACCUAACUCCGUAGCCAAAGUUUCUUUUUUUGUGACACACUGUCCCUUCCCAUGCAAGCCAAUCAGGAAGCAGCGUCUGGCUGAUAACCUCUGACCUUUUACGGGAAGCGGGUUUGUGAAAUGCGAGCAUGGGGGGAAUUGUGGGAUAUGCAACUUCAGGUUUUCUACAGAAGUUCUACUUGCCCCUCCUCUGCUCCUCGAUCACAUUGAUCAGAGCAGAAGUGUGUGUGUGUGUGCGCGUGUGUGUGUGUGUGUGUGUGUGUGUGUGUGUGUGUGUAUUUGAGUGAGUGAGCGAGUGUGCGUUUUACUGUCAGAUCUGUUGUCAUGGAAGUCGGCCAUGUUAUUCUUACGCCUGCAACGACAGAGGAGGGGGAGCAGGGCAGAGCUGUAGUGUAUGUGUAUCUGUGCAGUGUAAAUAAAGGAAAAUACUGUAUUUGGUGAGAUUAAAAAUAGCUCUAUCCAUAUGCACAUAUUUUUAUAGAAAUCUAAGAUGUUUUUGCACACAAAAUUUGAAUUUCAAGUUGCUUGUUUUCCCUCUGUUGUCCUCUUGUGAAUGUAUGUUUCUUUUCAAAGCGGGGAGCAGAGCAGUGCGAGGGGAUCAACCCUCCUCUCGGCAGACGGGCUGCGGCGGAGGAGUGGGAUUUUUAUUUUUCUAUUUUGAAAAAGAGAAAAAGAGAGAGAGAGAACAGGGGGUGUGAUGUGUUUCUGUAGCGUCGUCUCAGAUCUCUAUGUAUCCGGUGUCUAAAUAACAGUGUAAAGAUGUGGGCUCAGUGAUGCGUUCCAAAUCGAUUCCAAGACGUUCCCCCCACCUUGACUCUGCAGCGAGUACAAUUUGUCCCUCCACAGAUUCAAAUCUCCAAAUUAACAUUAGGAAGUGACCGCACUUUUGUUUUCUAUUGGACCGGAUGAAUACACGUGAAGGAAAUCCAGUGUUAUUCUCAUGACGCGGCAUCACGGAGCAUCUCCUCUUCAACUGUUCUCAAGCUGAAUCAGCUCCGACACCACUUAAGUGUUUCUGUGCAUCUAAAGACAACCAAACUUACUAAGUAUGUGUAGCCAGAGUGCAAUAAUAAUAUAUACCUGUGGUAAAUAUAGUGACCUCGACGCUAUAUAAAACAGCCACACUCGUGUUCGUACAUACUGUAGAACUUCUAUAUAUGAUAUAAACCCGUUUUAUAUGAUGAUUAAGAGUGUGUCUAUCUCUAGUGUUCAUGCUACUAUAGGUUACCUGCCCCCUGGGUGUGGUGGUAGCGGUGGAAGCUCACGCCCCCACCUGCCGACGGUUGUCAUUGUAAUCUGAAGAGUGACAUGCAUCCCUGCUGAGGACUCGAUAACACAUUCAUCACUGUUUUAUUUAAUCCACCCUGACUAUGAAACACAACAAUACAGUCAAGACUUAACGUUUGUUUAAAGGUUCAGUGUGAAAGAUUCAGGUGAAAGGGCAAAAAUUAAAUAUUAAAUAAUCCUAGUGAUGUUUUCACUAGUGUGUUUCAUCUAAAAUGUACAAAUUGUUGUUUUCUUCAGCCUAGA